AUAUUGAUUAUCUUGCGUAUUCCAAUCAGCAAUCAGCAAUCAGCAAUCAGCAAUCACUCUGUUCGAUCGACGGAAGAAGGUGGAAGAUGGAGAAGAGCACCCAAAACGGAGCAGUGAAAGAAGAACAACCCAAGUCCUCCGGCGACGCUUCUGUCUGUGGCUACGACUCUCUUCACCAUCUUCUCAAGGAUAAUCUCAAACCCCAUCACUAUCAGGAAGUCAACCGCUUGCUUACUGGGCUUAAUUGUGGAAAACCACUUGACACAAUUGUUCUCCCAGAAUCUGCUACAGAUCUGUCUGUGCAACAUGGUUUUGACCUCCAGGCUUAUUCCUUUCAUGCUGAAAAAGAGCUAUUAAGAGAACCUCGAAUUGUGAGGGUUGGUUUGAUUCAAAACUCUAUUGCCCUUCCAACAACUGCUCACUUUGCUGACCAGAAAAAGGCUCUAUUUGAGAAAGUAAAGCCAAUCAUUGAUGCUGCUGGUUCUUCAGGGGUCAACAUAUUAUGCUUGCAAGAAGCAUGGAUGAUGCCAUUUGCCUUUUGUACAAGAGAGAAGAGAUGGUGUGAAUUUGCAGAACCUGUUGAUGGGGAAUCAACACAAUUUUUGCAAAGCUUUGCUCUUAAAUAUAACAUGGUGAUCAUAAGUCCAAUACUCGAGAGGGACAUGAACCAUGGAGAGGUUAUCUGGAACACUGUUGUUGUAAUUGGAAAUCAUGGCAAUAUAAUUGGAAAGCACAGGAAGAACCAUAUACCAAGAGUUGGGGACUUCAAUGAGAGUACAUAUUAUAUAGAAGGAAAUACUGGCCAUCCUGUAUUUGAAACGCAAUUUGGAAAGAUUGGCAUUAAUAUAUGCUAUGGCAGGCACCAUCCUUUAAAUUGGUUAGCCUUCGGCUUGAAUGGUGCAGAGAUUGUCUUCAACCCUUCUGCCACAGUGGGUGAACUUAGCGAACCAAUGUGGUCAAUAGAGGCGCGUAACGGUGCAAUAGCAAAUAGUUACUUUGUUGCUGCAAUCAAUCGCGUUGGGACUGAGACAUUCCCCAAUGCAUUUACUUCUGGGGAUGGAAAGCCAGCACAUGCAGAUUUUGGGCACUUUUAUGGAUCCAGUUAUGUUGCAGCACCAGAUGCAUCGUGCACACCAUCUUUGUCUCGAAAUCGGGAUGGCUUGUUAGUAACAGAUAUGGAUCUUAACUUAUGUAGGCAGGUGAAAGACAAGUGGGGUUUCAGAAUGACUGCGCGAUACGAGUUAUAUGAAGAGACACUCGCCAACUAUAUGAAACCAGACUUUGAGCCCCAAAUCAUCGGUGACCCCUUAUUGCACAAGAAGUCUUCAUAAGUCGCCACUUGUAUGCUGAUGGAUUGAUGCUCCUAAGUCCUAACUUUACUCAAGUCCCUUUAUAUUGUAAUUGUGACCACUUCCAAGAAUGAAAAUUACUCUUCACAUUCACCAAA